AUGGCAGUCGAACAGUGGGAGACGAUUGUGCAAAAGAAACAGGCCGACGCAGCCGCUAAGAUUCCCCAGGCAUGGCGGCUACCGGCUGAAUUCACGGCGCAUGUGUCCGAAACAGCCUCUACUAAUGUGCUCGAUGUGCCUCGCAAGUGUGGCUUGUUGUCUGCUAAGCAAUUGGAAAUUACUGAGAAUUAUGACGCCACGGCCUUGCUCGAGCAGAUCCAUUCCGGAAAGUUGACUGCUGUUGAAGUCGCCGAAGCAUUUUGCCUUCGGGCGGCCAUCGCACAGCAAGUGACGCGCUGUCUGACUGAGACAUUUUUUGAUCUUGCUUUAGAGCGAGCAAAGGAGCUGGACGAGUAUUUUCAGUCUACCGGAAAGGUCCGGGGGCCGCUGCACGGGCUGCCCAUCAGUCUCAAGGACUGCUUCAAUGUCGCUGGUGUUCCAAACACAAUUGGCUUCACUGCCUUCAUCGCCCACGGUCCCGUUAAGAACAACUCCUCUGUCGUCCAGAUCCUCCUUGACCUGGGCGCGGUUCUCUAUGUCAAGACCAACAUUCCCCAGACAAUGAUGGCCGCCGACUCCCACAACUACGUCUUUGGUCGCACCCUCAACCCCAACCGAACCAAACUCAGCGCCGGCGGCUCCUCAGGUGGCGAAGGCGCCCUGAUUGCCAUGCGCGGAUCAAUCCUGGGUGUAGGCACCGACAUUGCAGGCUCCAUCCGCAUCCCCGGGAUCUUUGACGGAACAUAUGCCCUACGCCCGUCUAUCCAUCGCAUUCCCUACGGAGGCCAGACAGGAUCCGGCCGCAAGGGUCUAGCGGGCAUCCGACCCUGUGCCGGCCCACUAGCCACUUCCGUGCGAGACCUCGGUCUAUUCAUGAAAACAGUCGUAGACAUCGACCCCUGGCAAUACGACUCCUCGACCAUCUUCAGCACCUGGCGAACCGCCCCUCCGAAAGAGACCCUCCGACUCGGCUUCAUCCUCGAAGACCCCCAUUUCCCCGUACACCCUCCCAUUCUCAACACGCUGACCCGCGCAGUCGAUGCCCUCAAAGCCGCCGGCCACGAAGUCAUCAACCUAACCACCCCAUCCAUCAGAGACGCCCUCCUUCUCGGCUUCCGAACCUUCGCCAUGGACCCGGCACGAACCGCAUUCAGCCACAUCACUAAGAGCGGCGAGCCACGCAUCCCUGCUCUGAGAACUACCGAUCUGCCAAACGCAGAUUUGCCAUUUGAAUGGGCCCCGCAUACCCUCGAGUCCCUUUAUGAUCUGAAUGUGCAGCGGGAGACGCUGUGCGAGCAGUUCCGACAGUUGAUCGUCCAGAACAAGAUUGACGCGAUCAUUAUGCCGGGGUAUCAGGGCACAGCGGUGGCACAUGAUCAGGUCGGAUGGGUGCCGUAUACUGUUUUGGCUAAUGUUUUGGAUUAUCCGGCUACGAUUAUUCCCUACAGAAAGGCGGAUAAGGCUGAUGACGCCAAGUAUGUCAGGGAUGUGACUUACCGACCGCCUUAUGUUGCGGACGACGUGGAGGGCGCGCCGUGCUGUGUGCAGCUUAUGGGAAGAACAAUGCACGAGGAGGAGCUCCUGCGGGAUACUGCGAUCGUUGCCAGGGUCUUGGGGAAAUGA